AUGGCCGAAGAAGCCAAAGCCAAAGGCAACGCCGCAUUCUCUUCCGGCGACUUCCCAACCGCCAUCCGUCACUUCACCGAAGCCAUCGGUCUAGCCCCCGACAAUCACGUUCUCUAUUCCAACCGAUCCGCAGCUUACGCUUCUCUUCAGAAAUACACCGAAGCUUUAGCCGACGCCAAGAAAACCGUCCAACUCAAGCCUAACUGGGUGAAAGGAUACAGCCGUCUCGGAGCCGCUCAUCUCGGUUUAUCUCAAUACGAUGACGCUAUUGCUUCUUACAAAAAAGGUCUCGAUUUUGACCCUACUAACGAGCCGCUUAAAUCAGGUUUAGCCGAUGCCGAGAAAGCCGCGGCUUCGGCUGCAGCUAGGUCGCGUUCUGCGCCGGCUAAUCCCUUUGGAGAUGCUUUCAGUGGUCCUGAGAUGUGGGCUAAGCUGACGGCUGAUCCUACAACUAGGGUUUUUCUUCAACAACCUGAUUUUGUUAAGAUGAUGCAAGAUAUUCAGAAGAAUCCGAAUAAUCUUAAUCUGUAUUUGAAAGAUCAAAGAGUUAUGCAAGCUUUUGGGGUUUUGCUUAAUGUUAAGCUUGGAACUCCUGGUGAUGACGUGGAUAUGCCUGAUACUCCUUCGUCCUCUUCUUCUGAGAGGAAGAGGGCAGCUGAAGCCGAGCCUCCUAAGCAGCCUGAACCGGAGCCAGAGCCUGAACCCAUGGAAGAGGCUGAUGAGGAAAAGGAAGCUAAGCAGAGAAAGGCUGAGGCACAGAAGGAAAAGGAGGCUGGUAAUGCAGCGUACAAAAAGAAGGAUUUUGAUACUGCGAUUCACCAUUAUUCAAAUGCUUUGGAAUUGGAUGAUGAAGAUAUAUCAUUUCUCACCAAUCGUGCUGCUGUAUACUUGGAAAUGGGAAAGUAUGAAGAUUGCAUAAAAGAUUGCGACAAGGCAGUUGAAAGAGGACGAGAACUGCGAUCAGACUACAAGAUGGUAGCAAGGGCUUUGACAAGGAAGGGGACUGCCAUGGGCAAAACGGCGAAAUGCUCUAAAGAUUAUGAACCUGUCAUUGAGACAUUUCAAAAAGCACUUACAGAGCACCGCAACCCAGACACCCUAAAGAGACUUAAUGAAGCUGAAAAGGCCAAGAAAGAAUUAGAACAACAAGAAUACUUUGAUCCUAAUUUGGCCGACGAGGAGCGGGAAAAAGGGAAUGAAUUCUUUAAGCAGCAGAAGUAUCCUGAAGCUAUUAAGCAUUACACCGAGUCUCUAAGAAGAAACCCAAAAGAUCCCAGGGCUUAUAGUAACAGAGCUGCAUGUUACACUAAACUGGGGGCAAUGCCUGAAGGUUUAAAGGAUGCAGAGAAGUGCAUUGAGCUUGAUCCAACCUUCACCAAGGGUUAUACCAGGAAAGGUGCAGUUCAGUUUUUCAUGAAAGAAUAUGAAAAGGCUUUGGAAACAUAUAAGGAGGGGUUGAAACAUGACGCCAACAACCAGGAGUUGCUCGAUGGCAUUGGAAGGUGUGUACAACAAAUUAACAGAGCCAGCCGUGGAGAUUUGAGUCCUGAAGAGUUGAAGGAUAGACAGGCCAAGGCAAUGUCAGAUCCAGAGAUACAGAAUAUCCUUCAAGACCCUGUUAUGCGACAGGUGUUGGUUGACUUCCAGGAAAAUCCCAAGGCUGCACAGGAACAUACCAAGAACCCGGGUGUGAUGGACAAGAUCCAAAAGCUUAUCAGUGCUGGAAUUGUCCAGAUGAAGUAA